GUCAACCUUCAUCACGUGCCGCCAUCGUUUCUCUCUGAGGGUCAACCGGUCAAGUAUGACGCCCCGCACCAGAAGCCAAACCCACUCCUCAACUCUUUCGAAUUUCUGGCAAUCAAACAAAUUCAAUUGAAGUCAUAACCGUUUGUUUUAAUUCCCGAAUUGUAAAAAAGAAGAAAAAGGGUGUCUUUUCCCCCGCAUUUUAUAGGAAUCUGAUUCCCGGGUGUUGUCUUCUGACACUUUAAUACGAUUUUACGUAAUCGAAUGCCGAUACGCAUUAACUGUUUGUGAAAAUGCGUGAAGGGCUAUAAGUAAUUUUGUCUGUGUUUAUUGUUGUCCUUAAAUUCGGGGAUGUGAUUUGAGGCUAGGAAUGGUCAGACAUGGCUCGGGACGGGAGCGUUGUGCCGGCCGACCCGCAGGCUCUGGUGGCUGUGAAGAAGAAAACGCAGUCAUCAAGGAGUUGGAUUCUUUUCGAUUCCACAGGUCAGGGCUCCAUUCUCGACGUCGACAAGUAUGCCAUCAUGCAUCGAGUUCAGAUUCAUGCUCGUGAUCUUCGGAUUCUCGAUCCUCUACUCUCCUACCCGUCUACGAUACUGGGUCGAGAAAAAGCUAUUGUUCUUAACUUGGAGCAUGUCAAAGCAAUUAUUACUGCUGAAGAGGUUUUGCUGAGAGAUCCAACAGAUGAAAAUGUGGUCCCUGUUGUUGAGGAACUUCAAAGACGAUUGCCUGAUGCAAGUUCCAAUAAUGUCCAAAGAGGAGAACGUAAGGAGUAUUCUGCUGGACAGUUUGACAUUGAAGCAGCUGAGGAAGAUGAGUCACCCUUUGAAUUCCGUGCCCUGGAGGUGGCUUUAGAGGCCAUUUGUAGUUUCCUUGCAGCACGUACAACAGAAUUGGAGAUGGCUGCUUAUCCUGCAUUGGAUGAACUUACCUCCAAGAUUAGUAGUCGUAAUUUGGACAGGGUUCGUAAACUAAAAAGUGCAAUGACUAGACUGACUGCUAGGGUUCAAAAGGUUAGAGAUGAACUUGAACAAUUACUGGAUGACGAUGAUGACAUGGCUGACCUAUACUUGUCAAGAAAGCUAGGCUCAUCUUCCCCAGUUAGUGGAUCAGGUGUUGCCAAUUGGUUUCCUGCCUCCCCCACCAUUGGAUCUAAGAUAUCCAGAGUGAGUAGGGCAAGUGUGGCAACAAUGCGUGGUGAUGAAAAUAAUGUGGAGGAACUUGAAAUGUUGCUGGAGGCAUACUUCAUGCAAAUUGAUGGAACAUUGAACAAAUUAUCCACGCUCCGGGAGUACAUUGACGAUACAGAAGAUUAUAUCAAUAUUCAGCUUGACAACCAUCGAAAUCAGCUAAUCCAGUUAGAACUGUUUCUGAGUUCAGGAACUGUCUGUCUGUCUGUCUAUUCUUUGGUGGCUGCAAUAUUUGGCAUGAAUAUCCCAUACACGUGGAAUCACCAACAUGGUUACAUGUUCAAAUGGGUAGUUAUUGUUACGGGCUUAUUCUGUGCAAUUAUGUUUGUCUGUAUAAUUGCCUAUGCUCGUAAAAAGGGGUUAGUAGGAUCGUGAAACAUUGAUCAAUAUACGGGAAAUGUGUUGGGUAUAAAUCAAGAACACCUACAUACUGUGUGGUGAUCAUUGGUGAGAGAUUUUCUUUUUUUAUUGGAGGUGAUUCAAGAUUUUGUUCUCGAGUAUAAUAAAUGUUGAAGGAUCCAGUGAGAGCUAUCCAACCUCCCUAGGAAUAUGGGUUCAUAAAUUGAUAUAGACAACUUUUUUUUUGUCCUGGCACUAACAAGGCUUGAAUUCGGAGUCCAAGUUAUGAAUUCAGGUUGAGUUGAAUUGUUGAUAGUCAUUGCAUUGUAUACUUUGAAUAUACACUAUUUUAAUUAAGCAUAAAAAAUGGGUCCAUUAACGAGUGAAA